AUUCCUUUAAGGGUGGAGGGGGAAGCGAGGAAGUUGUAGUAUUUUUUUAAACAAAAAGUUCAAGAGUACACACUGCACUGCAACAGCAUGGUGAUUGAAUCUCCCAAACUUAUUUUUGGAAUUGAUUUCAGCCAGAGCAAUCAGUUGACAGGAAAGUAUUCGCUUAUCAGACAAAGUUUGCAUGACAUUAGGAAUGUUCCAAAUUCGUGUGAAAAAGCAAUAUCCAUUAUUGGAAAAAAGUUCUCUCCAUUUCUGGAUGAUAACUUGAUUCCUUGUUUUGGAUUUGGGGAUGCAUCAACAAGUGAUCACGAUGUCUUUAGUUUCUAUCGAGACGAAAGAUUUUGCAAUGGACAUGAAGAAAUUUUGAGUCGGUAUAGGGAAAUUCGUCCUAAUAUUCAACCUGCAGGCACUACAUCCUUUGCACCUAUCAUUGAAAUGGCUACGAAAAUCGUUGAUCAGAGUGGAGGCAAACACCAUGUUUUGGUGAUAAUUUCAGAUGGUCAGUGGCAGCAGAUUCAGAUACAAUAUCCAAAAGGACCCAUCUGCAACUAUUCCAAAUCUGAUGAGUUUUCAGUUCUCAUCUCUUCUCCCAUGCCUGAACGCUCCAUCUCUUACAUGAAUUUUCAGAUUUAA